UUGGAGGCUCUGAGCGCUUUGACUCCUGGAGACUAGCUGGGCACGUGGAGAGGCUGGUGGACCGCGCGACCUCGCUCUCCCCAACCCCAUGUUCGAGGAGCCGGAGUGGGCCGAGGAGGCCCCAGUAGUCGCGGACCUCGGGUCUGUAGCCUUACGGCCUCGGACCACGGCCGACUCGCAAAUCAAGGGCUCCAAGCACCGCCAGCUCUUGGCCACAUUACGGGCCCUGGAGGCAGCAUCUCUUCCCCAGCAGCCCCCCAGUCUGCCUGGCAGUGACGAGGAGGACGAGGAGGAGGUGGUGCAAAGAAAGAAGAAACGCCCAAAAAAGGUCUUGUUUGCCAGCACUUCUCCUGAAGUAAAGAAGAAAAGGAAGAAAAAACGUCAAAAACAGGGCCCACCUAGCAGUGACUCCAAGGAAGGGGAAGUGGAAAGGAAGAAGUGCCACAAAGGGGCUCUUCUUGGCAAUGACUUUGCUGCAGAAGAGAAAAGAAAGAGGAAAUGCCAGAAACAGGACCCUUCAAAUCCUGCCCAGCCCCUGGACAAUGUUGACCAAACUGGUUCCAAAGCUUGGAAUUCUAGUGCUGCAAAUGACUCCACCAAGCCAAGCCCUGAGACCCCUUGCUCUAAUCCUCCGCAUACCUUGAGUCGCAAGCAGUGGCGGAACCGGCAGAAGAACAAGCGUAGACAGAAGAACAAGUUUCGGCUUCCUCAGGCGCCAGAGCAGGCCCCAGCCACAGCCGCCUCAGAGGAGACAGAGGUGCCUCCGGCCUCCAGUCCAGACAGCCAUGGAGCCCGGGCGGAGGCUCUGCGAGCCCGCAUGGCCCAGCGGCUGGAUGGUGCCCGGUUCCGCUACCUCAAUGAACAGCUGUACUCAGGGCCCAGCAGUGCUGCGCAGCGCCUCUUCCAGGAAGACCCUGAGGCCUUUCUCCUCUACCACCGUGGCUUCCAGAGCCAAGUCAAGAAGUGGCCACUGCAGCCAGUGGACCGCAUUGCCAGGGAUCUUCACCAGCGGCCUGCGUCCCUGGUGGUGGCUGACUUUGGCUGUGGGGACUGCCGCCUGGCUUCAAGUAUCCGGAACCCUGUGCACUGCUUCGACUUGGCCUCUCUGGACCCCCGGGUCACUGUGUGUGACAUGGCCCAGGUGCCUCUGGAGGAUGAAUCUGUAGACGUGGCUGUGUUCUGCCUUUCACUGAUGGGAACCAACAUCAGAGACUUCCUAGAGGAGGCAAAUCGAGUGCUGAAGCCAGGGGGUCUCUUGAAAGUGGCUGAGGUCAGCAGCCGCUUUGAAGAUGUUCGGACCUUUCUGGGGGCUGUCACCAAACUGGGCUUCAAGGUCAUCUCCAAGGACCUGACCAACAGCCACUUCUUCUUGUUUGACUUUCAAAAGACUGGGCCUCCUCGGGUCGGGCCCAAGGUUCAGCUCUCAGGCCUGAAGCUCCAGCCUUGUCUCUACAAGCGCAGGUGACCUCUGGACCCCCCUUGAAAGGGGAGGCAAGUCUUAAACUCCAGGCUCAGUACUCUGAAGUACUCAGGCUGUGACCCGGGGCCUGGUACCACCCUUACUCCAUCCCAAGAACAAAAUGUAAUGAAACCCCUGGCUCAGCCUUGCUCUAAUGAAGGCUUCUUGGUUCCAGGAAGCAUAAAGUCAUUUGGGCUAGCUAAAGAAUAAGGAGUUACUGUGAGAACGCAGGAGUAACUGGGAAUUGUGGAUGCCCUUAGUGUCAUGGAAACGACAUGGUUUGGAAUUCAAUGCAUCUCUGGGUGUGGCUCCUCUUUCCAUCUCUCAGGAGCCACGUGGGCUUUCUGUCCUAGCAUCUCCACUCUCCUCUAUUGUCCUUUUCCUGUUUGCGCAUCAGCUCCUUCUGCUUACCUAUAGCUUCUACAGCUUUGGUCUGCCCAGGACUUGAAGGCCUGGGGCAGGCAUUGCUUUUUGGCUCUGGGGCAGCUGGUAGCCCACCAGCAUCCUGGCUGAGCACUGUCAGUCUGGGCUUCUAGGUCAGGAUGGUUUGAUUGUCCCUGUACUGAGUGCUUCUUUCCCCUGAUCCUUAUCUCCAUCUUUGGAGCUGUAUGGCCCAAACUACUCCUAGUAUCUGUUGUCCCAUAGGGCCCUGGUGUGUGUCUGGCUGAGGGCACAAAUUUUGGAAUCAGGUAGGCCUGCCACUGAUUGCUGAGUCUUUUAAUCUUUGAAUGUCAUAUUACUCAUUUGGAAAAUGGUAGGAUUCUUGUCUCAUGGGAUUGUUGUGUGGUGUGGGUUAAUGAGGAAAUCUGUAGCUAGGGCUGGGUGCACAGGAGGUGCACAAUAAACUGUAGCUGUGGCUGAUGUGUGUUGAAAGCAUUACUGUUUUCUAAAGACCUUCUCCAGGCAGGGUUAUGGGUUGAAGAGUAAAGAAUGGACUUGUUGACUGAGGAAGGCUCUGGGAGAGCUCAAGAUAGGCCUUUCAACAGGCUUAUUUUAUAGGAUUUUUAGAGAUUCUUGACAGAUUGUGAGCUGUUCUUGGAGGGGGGGAUGGUGCAGGAGCUGGGCCUCUUCAUAAAUCACACCUGAUUGAUGCUAUUUGGGGUGGAGAUUGGGCUGUUCAUUGGCAGAAGGGUCUGUCUGUUGUUUCUGCCUUGUAGUGGGCCCAAAUCAGCAUGUCUUAGGAAAGCUAUGGGCAGGGAAGGCUAGUGCCGGGAGAAGAUGAACUGGGAUGAUAGGUCCUUGGCCCCUUCCAGAAGGCAUCUGCCAUGAGCCCAGGUAUAAAGAUAUAGCCUGUUCUACCUAUUUCAAAGAACAAGAACUGAGAGUGACCACUGGGACACAGGUUCCAGGGCUCUGAGCCAGUUGGGUGCCUCCAGUAAGGUGGGUGUUCUGAGGCAGGCUGUGUAGGCCAGAGGGCAUGUUUGGAGACUGGGCUAUGAACCAUCCAGCAGCUACUGCUCAGUACCUUUGCAUGUGCUUCUCUCUGCUGAAUACUCAUCUGAUCAGCAGAGUCUUACUCAUCCUUCCAAACAGCCUAGUUGUUUCCUACUCCGUUACUCCCAAAGCAGAACUAACUUCUUCAUCCGCACUCUCAAAGCGCUACGUGAAAUUUCAGCAUUUAAAUACUGUGUGGUAAUUGCUUUGUGCAUUAGGCUGCAGUCUUCUCAACUCUUAUUUAUCUUUGUAUUCCUGAGCUGGUCACUUGAGAUCCAUCUAAGGAGAUGGUAAGGAUGACAGGGUCCAGUUGAGUGGGACCGAUGAGAAGCAGGGGUGUUGCAGGAGCCCAGGUUCAGGCACAUGAUGAGGGCACUGUGAACUAGUGACGGUGGAAUAGGCGGAGGCGGUUGGGAGAACUUCAGUGAGUAGAACUGGUGGGACAUUGCGGCUUGGUGAGAGAAAGGAAUCUGAAGCAAGUCUUGGGUUUCUGGCUUGAGCAACUGGUUGGGCUGGUGACGCCAUUCAAAAGGUUGGGUUUUUGGUACCUUGAUGUUCACUUGGAAGUGGGACAGAAACUCAGCAGCCAGAGGAGGUAACUCAAGUCAUAGGAGUAGGUAAGAUAUCCAAAGUAAGAUAACGAGAAGAGAAAGUGGCUUGGAAUAGAACUCUCAGGAGCGUUUAAUGGAUGAGUAAAGGAAAAUGAACCAAUAAAGGGGACAAGAAGAGAAGGUGGGGCCAGAGAUGGAGGAGUAAAACCAGGAGAAUGAAUUUCUUAAUGUGGAAGGAGUGGGGAGGUUUUAGGCCGACAGAUGCUGUUGAAAGGUCUAUUAAGAUGAGAGAGAGGUCAGGUCACAGCAGGGAGAGGAUUGCUGCAUAAUGUUGAGGGCCUGGGGUUUGAAUUUAUAGUGGUAUUAUUCAUGAAUUUAUAGUGAGCCCAAUGCUGUGGUUCUCUCUACGUACUCAGGAGUCUAGGUGUAGCUGUGGAAAAAAUGAGUACUGAGGGAUCACCCAGGGUUGGAAACUUGCCAUGCAAUUGAAAUAAAUGAGCAAAGGAAUUUCAGACCGUUCGUAAGUAAGUGAUUGCUAUGCUGGACCAUGGAAUUUGGUAGAACAGGUGAGUGGAGUAAAGACAGGAGUAGGUUGUUGCAUUGGGGGUAACUGAACAAGUAACCUAGAAGGAUGGGAGACUGUGGUCAGAAACUGGAAUGCCUGAAUAAUUCAUAUUGGAAGCAGAGCAGCUCCAGGCAAUAGCUAAGUUCAGAGUGUAGUUACAGGGGUGAGUGCCUGAGAGGUGUGCAAGGGAGGUUGCCCAGAGAUUGGUUAAUGCAUGGAGGCCUCAGGUAUUGAGAGAGGUUCUGCGUGGACUUUGAAAGUCUCCAGGAUGAUGGUAGACAUAAGCGUGGAACAGGUUCCAACCUCUUGAAGAAGGGGGCAGAUCCAGGAGAUCUGCAAAGAGUAGGAGAGGCGGGAUAGCGUGAAUUUCAAAGGGACAGAGGGUUCACACAGCCUACUAGAGAGACUUCCAUCUUGGGGGUGAUGUGAGGCUGGUGAGUGGAGCUGGCUACCAGGCAGCCAAGACAAAAUACCCUGACAGUCCUCUCCAGCUUGGCGGGAUUCACUGGGGAUUGUUGGGGAGACAACUGUUGUGGCAGCUCCAUGGGACAGGAAUCUCCUGGGAUAACAGGGAGGGAGGCAAGCCAUAAAGUCUAAGGGAUGUUUUGGAGUAGCAGGGCAUCUGUCUCACUGUAGUGCACACGUCACCUUUUUAUAGCUCCAUAUCUCUGUUUCCCAAGUGUUAUUUAUAUUCCUCGAUCUUGAUUAAUUUUCCCUGCUUUAUUAUCAUGCUCAGCAGGACAGCUGGGGUCUGCCUUCCUCCCUCUUUUGCUUUCCUCCCUUACUUAAAAUUUGGGUUCUUUCUUUGCCUGUUCUGGCUCCAGCCACCUACAUAAACAUCUUUCUGGGUCUCACUCAGGACCCCGGCUCCCCCUAACUCAGCCAAGCCUCCAUCUGCGUUUCUAUCAAUUCUGAAAGCAGGACUUUCCUGAGUCUGGGUCCCCCCCUGCUCCAUCGUCAGCUUCAGGACAAGCUGUUCUUCAAGUCCAUGCCUGGGCCUCAGUGUCUAAUGUUGAGAGCCUAGACUGAAGAGAGAACAAUAUAUAUUUCUUUAAGAAAUAACAGCAUGCCAGCUGUUUAAGGAACAGUGAGAUCAGUUUAAGGAACAAUUGAAGAACAGAAUGAAGGAGUGCAGUCAUAGUAAGAAGUAAACAAGAGUGGGAAAGAGUGUAAUUGGAGAUUCCACUGGGAGCAUUUGGGAAGCCUGAGGUAUUUAUUCCUAAAGCCAAGAAAUGGUGAACCUGGAAUCUGACUCCUGCCCUGGAAAUGCGGAGGGCAAACAGAGAUUCAUUAACUGUUUCAGGGGUGGAGCCAGGGGAGUGCUGCUGCUUUUGCAUUGGCCUGUGUUCCCAGAAUUUGCAGUGGUAAGCCAUGCAUGAGUGUAUCCUUUGCACCUUGCAGGAGAGGGAAGUGUCAGCUGGUCUUGAGUCCUGUCCGGUAGGACCAUUUGAAGAGGCAAGGAGACCUUAGCACAGAGAAGCUAGGACUGUGCCAUGUGGGCUGAGAAGGGAGUCUCAGGAAACCACCCAGAAUAAAGCUGCAUCCACCAAGGUAAAGGGGACUGCAGAAAAGGGACAGCAUGAUGCUCCCUUUAAAUAUCUAGCAGGCCCAUGGGGCACAGAAACACCCAGUCAAGCAAGCACUGUUUUAUCCCCUUCCUCUCUGCAGCUGGGCCCAGAGCAGUCAGCAGCUCUUAGGUGGAGAGGAGGUGAGAAGAGCAGAGAGCAUCCAGACCAUUCCUCCAUUCCCCAGUGCAGGCUCCUUGACUUAAGUGGGACAGAGCUGGGAGGCGAAAAUAGGUAAAGCUACAAUAGGUGCAGAUUAAUUAUUGUAACGUAGGAUUAGACAUUGCAAUCAUCUGAGACUGGUUUUGUAUCUUAAACUGAUUCUGAGACAUCUGUGAACUAAGAAUGAACUGAAAAGUCACGGGCUUGCUGCAGCUUUUCUCUAAAUGAAAAAGGGUUGGAGGCGUGGUGAGAGACGAGAAUAAAGUUGGGUUUGGCUAGCA